AUGACGGCGGGUGAAGACCCCACGGGCAGAACCAGCGCUUCACCACCGCCCCAGCCCGCCGCGACCGACGACAUCCAUUCCUCCACUACGUCGUCCUCCACCACAACUCCGAUCACCGCUUCCUUCCACCACCAUCACCUCCGCUCCCCCUUCCCUGAUUGUCAAUCAGUCCGCGGUCCCGAGGGAGGCUUUGUGCAGCCCUCUUCAUACCUUCGGCCCCGAGGUCUUUCGCAUCCAAUGGCCCCUACCCAGCCCGAGAGGGCGAUCGAUCGGGAAGAACGUCAGGGUCUAUCUGCCAUUCGCAACUUCCUCAAAGUCCGUACCAGUUACGAUGUCCUCCCGCUUACCAAUGGGUGUUUCGAAACUUUAGGCAUUGUUUCCGCUCCGUUAUGGGAUUCGAAGUCUUCCACCUUUGCAGGUCUACUGACCACGUCCGAUUACAUCAAUGUCAUCCAAUACUACUUCCAAAACCCGGCCGCGCUGGACCAAAUCGAUCAGUUCCGGUUAGAUAGUCUCCGAGCGGUCUUCAUCUCAGACGUGGAAAGGGCGCUGGGUGUCGCGCCGCCUGAAACCAUCUCUAUCGACCCCGAGCGACCCCUUUACGAGGCUUGUCGACGCAUGCUCCAGUCUCGAGCCCGAAGAAUCCCCCUCGUCACGAAUGACAGCCAAACGGACCGAUCCCACGUGCUUAGUGUCGUGACUCAGUAUCGCAUCUUGAAAUUUGUUGCCGUCAAUGUUAGUGAAACGCAGAAGUUGAAGAAACCACUUGGAGAACUGCGACUCGGUUCCUAUCGAAAUGUCGCCACCGCUUCGAUGGACACACCUGUCAUCGAUGUCAUUCAUAUUCUCGUGGAGCGAAGUAUAUCGAGCGUGCCUAUCUUGAACUCGGAAGGUGUCGUCUACAACGUAUUCGAGUCAGUUGAUGUGAUUACAUUGAUUAAAGGAGGUGUCUACGGUGACCUUAGUCUAACCGUCGGUGAGGCAUUGAAAAAGCGGCCUCAGGACUUCCCUGGUAUUUACACCUGCUCUCUGAACGACGGUCUGGAUACCAUCUUCGACACAAUUCGCAAAUCCCGCGUGCACCGAUUGGUCGUGGUGGAUGAUAACUUCCGACUAAAAGGAGUCCUCACCCUGAGUGACAUCCUACAAUACAUUCUACUGGAAGGCGAAAAUGAUGACCUCUCCUGA